UUGUUCUUUGUCUUCAUGGCUGAACAACUAACUGAAGAGCAGAUUGCAGAAUUCAGAGAAGCCUUUUCAUUAUUUGACAAGGAUGGAGAUGGUAGUAUAACAACAAAGGAAUUGGGAACUAUAAUGAGGUCGCUUGGGCAGAACCCCACGGAAGCGGAAUUACAGGACAUGAUUAACGAAGUCGAUGCUGAUGGUAACGGCACAAUUGACUUUUCAGAGUUUCUGACUAUGAUGGCAAGAAAAAUGAAAGACACAGACAGUGAUGAAGAAAUUCGAGAGGCAUUCCGUGUGUUUGACAAGGAUGGUGAUGGUUUUAUCAGUGCGGCAGAACUUCGCCAUGUGAUGACAAACCUUGGAGAGAAGUUAACAGAUGAAGAGGUCGAUGAAAUGAUCAGGGAAGCCGAUAUGGACGGUGAUGGCCAAGUAAACUAUGAAGAAUUUGUUCAAAUGAUGACAGCAAAGUGA